GCCUGAGAUCAGUCUGCUAUCAGCGCUCGGGCAGAAAUUCUGUUCGUUCUCUGCUAAUUCUUUGGACAUAAUAUAUGGUCAGGAAGCUCUACGAGUCCCCCGGCUCAAGGUUCCCGGCUCAAGUUCCCGGCUCAAGGAUCAAGGCUCCGCGAACGUUCAUUUUCUACUGCCUGGGGAACCUCCGAGAAGGUGAAAGUUGAGCUAGCGUGUUGUUUUGCUCCGCUUACGCAACUGCCCAUCUCCCUGUACAUCUUGCUUGUCAUUAUUGGCCUCUCAUAUUCAUUUCUCGUUGCGGUUUGGUGGUGGCAAUUUGUAUACGCUGACUUGUUCCUCACUGCCUAGAGUGGUGCUCGUAAGUCUCGGUUCUUUCAGAUCUGCCUUGAGUGGAUUGCAUAUGGUUCAAUUUGCAGUAUAUCAUUGUUGUGAUCUCUUUCGAGUGCGGGUUGCACGUUGAAUUCAUUGUGUGGCAAUUGUACUUGCUCCUUCCUCUAUUCUCUGUGCUUCGUCGCCACAUUUCUGACUGUAUUGGAUUUUGAUUGUGACUGAUGCCUCACGUGCGGAGCCUCACAUCCAGGCGUAUGCGUCGAGCUCGGGCCUGCCAUCUCAGAUGGGUCCGAUCAGCAUCCCCCGUUCCCUUGUCACUAGAAGGACUUGUUGACUACGAGACUGUUGCGAUGGAGGUGCCGGCAGAGUCAGCUGAACAGGUUGAUGAGUUGUGGGCUGCGUUGGCCUUUUGUACCCCCAUUUGCCGCUACAGGAGAAAAAACAUGUUGACAUGAGAACUCAGACGGAUCUGCACAGUCAUGUUGACACCAGCACUCAGACGGACAGUGUUUGUACCUACCCGCCACUUUCCGAGGCCAACAUUUCUCGUACUCAAGCUGUGGACCUUCAUUGUGAAGUCGGCUGUCAGACAGAGAGUGUUUCUGGGAUGGUGAGAGGAGCUUCCGUAAUUGUUCUUGGGAAAGUGACUGUGGAGGCGGAGGAGGAAUUGGAGGCACUUUCGAGAGCGGAGUUUUCUCCGAACGUGCAGGCUGAUUCUGAUAGCUGCGCCUUGUCGGGUGCGUUCCAGGGGUGUCUGAAUCGUCCCGUCACGCUUAAUGAGGUAUCGAAUCUUGGUUAUGAUGCGUCUGUCCGCGUCCGGAUGGACGUCUCCAAAACAGUGCGUCAGUCGAAUGAGAAAGCUUUUUCGGAAGUAAUGCGUCAAUCGCUCACGUUCCCGAGGCCGUGCACUGGUCGUGCCCGCGCUUCUGCGCGGUUCCUGUGUGAUCGAGAUGAGGCAGGUGCACUGGCGGCCGAAUUCAUGAGCCUGGAAAGGGGAGAGUCGGAUGCUGAGUUCGAGUCCGACACGCUGGGUCAUUUGCAGUGGGAGUUAUCCCGUCUUGGUCUUCUGAAUCCAGACCAGAUGCGGUCUGUUUCCAGUGGUGUGAUUCUGUAUGCGCUGCAAGAACGGGAUAGGCCUGGGCCGAAGUUUUUGGACUUGAUGUUUCACAUUCUCGUGCGUGCUUCAGGAUUUCUCGCGAGUGGCCGUCGUGCGGAAUUGAACAGAAUCAGAGCCCUUUGUAAUGAUAUGUUUGUUGCUAUGGAGCGGGACUUCCUGCGGGAGGAGAGGAGGAUGAAGGAGUGGAUUUCGGCUAUGGUUUUGGAAGGUGUGGGAAGGUGCUGCAAGAUUUUCUUUGGCCAGGUUCCGAGCGCACCAAUGCCGCCAGGUGAUGGCGAUGUUUCAGGCGUUUACAUGGCCGCUUUGGAGGAGCAUCGACAAACACAUCUGCAGAACGAGCAGUGUGAAGCUACGCUUGACAUGAUUUUUCGUUUCGAUGAGACCCAGAGGGACCUGCUGGGAACGUGGAUGAAAGACGAGCGCAAUCUGAAUGAUCCCGAACGUCUCCAGUGCCGUUUCAAUCUCUUGCACGUGAGUUAUCAUAGGAAACGGAGUGGAAAGUGGACUCGGGAGGAAAAUGUGGCGAUGACGUCGCUCUUGACUUCUUUAUGAUUCCCUCGGCGUAAUUUCUUUGCUUGGGGUACGCACCAUUCUCUUACAUUAUUUGGUUUGUGUGUGUGUUGUUUCUUUGAUGGAGAUAUCGUAGCACGGACGUUUGUCGCAUCAUCGAUGUGCCUCUGCGGUAUCGACAUACUUCGGAUUUUGUGUUUGCUUUGUCUCUUGCCAUGCUGUGUGUGUGUGUGUGUCGGGCAUGCGCGCGUGUUGGUAUAAGAGCUCCGCAUGCUUUUCACUUUGUUCGGAAUAAGAGUUUCGCGUGUGCCCGCUUCCGCUCAAAGAGUGGUGGGUGUCUUGCCUGACUCUGUAUGCCGCCCGUUUUUCCUGCUUGCGACUGGGCCUGACGGCCCGCAUAGUCGAUCGCAAAGACCAUUUUAAGAAUUUAUUCUAAAAAGUUCUCUGCUUCGAUUCUGAGCACUCUAGUGCGUGCGAGGAACUCUACGAGGUUCCCGGCGGUGACCAGGUUGCUGCUGUUCCUCCUUGGGGAUCUCAGCGGUGGCCUGGCCCGUCGGGGGCUUCCUCAAGCCUGUCUCCUCAGGCUGCCCCCUGGGCGGCCGUGUGCGCGCGGGCGGGCCGUGCAAUCAAUUCGGGUACUUCGUCGGCUGCGACGACCUUCUCUCCUUGGGCCUACAGACGAUAGGUGCUGGAGGCCAGCUCUGUUUGGCAUCAGAAGUGGGACUGACUUCAACGCAUAGGCCGCUGUCGUCGCUUUGUACUUGUUUGUACUGCCUGCUUGCGCUUUCUCCAUUAUUGUUCUUGCACACGUGUGUAUUCUUUGACAUUGAGGUACUUUGACAGUUCUGUGACAUUGGAGUAUCUUGAGAUUGAGGUUCUCUGCAUUGUAUCGGCGUGCCUGUUUCCAUUCUUUCUUUGAAUCGUAUCGAUCAGAAUUCAAGAUACUUGAGUGCGUUAUCAGACAUUCAGUUAGGCAGGCGAUUCAAGAUACUGAGUGCGUUAUCAGACAUUCAGUUAUCCGAGAGUUACUUCUUGAGUGCGUUAUCAGACAUUCAAUUAUCACAUAUUUGACGUGAGCAUACGACUCUUGCCUUACCGCGGGUUGUUACCACAUAUUUCGGACUUUGUGUUUGCGUUGACUCUUGCCAUGCUGUGUGUGUGUGUGUCGGACAUGUGCGCAUGUUGGUAUAAGAGCUCUGCGUGAUCUUCACUUUGUUCGGAAUCAGAGUUUUGCAUUUGCCCACUCCCGCUCGAAGAGUGGUGGGUGUCUUGCCUGACUCUGUACACAGUCGACCGCAAAUUCGUUGUGUUUCACGUGCAUGGUCUUUCAGUGGUGCUGAGACGGUAAUCGCUAUAUGUGGUUACUGCGUUGUCUCGCAUUACUUUGAAGUGUACUCGUCAUUUUAGUUGUUUGUUUUGUGUUUGUCUCAGUGGUGUUGAGACGGUAAUCGCUGUAUACACCAGUGGUUACUGUAUGGUCUCUCACUGCUUUUAUUUUCAGUGGUGCUGAGACGGUAAUCGCUAUAUGUGGUUACUGCGUGGUCUCGCAUUGCUUUUACUAUUUAUCUCAUUUUAGUUGACUCUUAGUGUAAUAUACGCUCUUGGGCAUUGCUGUGCAGCUUCGCUGUUAGUACGCUCAGCGUUUUGCUCUCAGGCUCAGUUCUGAGUUGCUUUGUGUUUCGGUCUGCCUCCGUGGAGGCUCGAAUCGACCGUCCGCAAAAGACCGCAAAAGACCAGGUUGACGGUUUACCGCCGGCGCC